UCAAGUAUACACCAUGUCAAUGUUGACUAUACUUCUAGUUUCACUUGUCGGGUCAGUUGCGGCAUAUGGCAAAGUAGGUCCAUUGUUAGGAGGACUUGGUAGUAGUUCUAGUGGAGCACUCAUUGGAGGCGGUGGAAUUAUUGGUGGAGGUGGUAUUAUUGGUGGAGGUAGUGGAAUUGUCAGUGGUAGUGGACUUCUGAUAAACACUGGUGGAAUAGGUGGAGUGAUCGGAGGAUUAAAUAGAGGACUGCGACCAUGGUGCACAUGUAGUUUGAAAUGUGCUCCAGGACAGAUCAAACUCAACAAGAACUGUAACUUGGCACCUCUCCUUCCUGGUAGUUUGAAUACUUGUUGUUCCAUAUUGCCAUGGUGGGUUACCAACCGAAAUUACGGUGCUUUACUUGGAGGAGCUGGUCUUAUUGGUGGUGGAGGUAUUCUCGGUGGUGGUAUUAUCGGUAGUGGUAUUCUUGGUGGUGUUAAUGGUAUUGUUGGAGGUGGUAGUGGACUUCUUGGUCCCAUUGGUGGUAUUGGAGGUUCAAUUGGUGGUGUUGUCACAGGACCAGUCAGUGUCGUUGGAGGAGCCAGCAAUAUUGUCAGUGGAUCAAUUGGCAAAGGCGGUUAUUAUUAGCAACACAACGAAGGCAUGUUGUGAAAUGCUUGAAA